AUGAGCCAAUCUGUUAACAAUGAAAAGGAUGUGGAAGGUCGUAUAGAUACUGCAAAAGUUUGUUUGAUUGAUAUCGCUCGUCUCACCUUAUCUGACAAGAUGAGGAGAACAUACUUCUCAGUUGAUCAGCUUCUGGAAAAACUAUAUUCAGUGAUGGUAAUGAGAAUGGAGCUUACGAUUCUUGAUGAACUUCAUUGGAAGAUUUUAAGCUCAAGGAGACUUCACCUUCAUUCACUACUUGUCUUCUCACAUUGCAUUAUGCUUGAUGAGUAUUCUAAGUUUCACGGUCAUUCACCAGCAGUGGUGACUGGCAAGCCUAUUGAUCUUGGAGGUUCAUUGGGAAGAGAGGCUGCCACUGGACUAGGAGUGGGGGAUGAUGAUGGUGGGAAGACCUAUUGCCGGGACACUCCAAGACCUGAGAAGUCUUUGAUGAGAAUAAAUGGUUUGGCCGACUUGAACGAACCAGCUCAGGUGGAUGAAACAUAUGAUUUUCCUUAUGUUCAUGUUCCAAGUAAUUCAGUUUCCGCAACUGAAUGCAUGGAUCUCACUACCAGUGCCAAACAAAAGAUGCUGUUUUUUAUUUCGUCUGGGGAACAUUUACUAAACUCGAGUUGUAGAACUCACAGUUGGGCUCGAAAUGAUGGAUAUUUGGAGAAUAAUGAGAAUGAAAAAAAGGGGAAUUUCGUCAGGAGCUAA